GUGUGUGUGUGUGUGUGUAGUCCAGGGAGAUGGAGAUAGCCGUGUACUGGAAAGACUACCGCUCCCUCUGUGCACUGAAGUUCCUGAAGCUGGAGGACUUCCUGGACAACCAGAAACACAGAGUUCAGCUGGAGCUGGAACCCCAGGGACUACUGCUGGCAGAGGUGACCUUCUUUAACCCUGUGAUUGAGCGAGCUCCUCGUUUGAAGAGACAGAAGAAGGUCUUCUCCAAACAGCAAGGUAAAGCGUUCUUGCGAGCGCGACAGAUGAAUGUGGACAUCGGGACCUGGGUUCGUCUGCUAAGGAAUGCCAUCCCCACAGUAAACAGCACCGGAACAUACAGCCCCAACGCACACGCACUGUCUUCUGGAGAGAUCUCCGUGGAGAAGCUGAGUCUGGACAGUGACUCUCCGCUGAGGUUUGAGUUCAGGAGAGACGUGGUGGACACUCCGGAGCGUUUGUCCGACUCUUUCUCUACUCCGGACGUCACUCCAGAGCGCCCCAACAGAACGCUGUCCCAGAGUAAACAAAGGAAGGCUCCCUUGUCUCUUGAAGACUUCAGACUCAUCGCUGUCCUUGGGAGGGGACACUUUGGGAAGGUGUUGCUAGGAGAGUACAAGAAGUCCGGCACAAUGUAUGCCAUCAAGGCCCUGAAGAAGGGAGACAUCUUAACCAGAGACGAGGUGGACAGCCUGAUGUGUGAGAAGAGGAUCUUUGAGACGGUGAAUAACCUGCGCCACCCGUUCCUGGUCAACCUGUUUGCGUGUUUCCAGACGGCUGAGCACGUGUGCUUCGUCAUGGAGUACACCGCCGGGGGGGACCUCAUGAUGCACAUACACACGGACGUGUUCACAGAGCCCCGCGCCGUGUUUUAUGCUGCCUGCGUGGUUUUAGGCUUGCAGUUUCUCCACGAUCAUAAGAUUGUGUAUCGAGAUCUGAAGCUGGACAACCUUCUACUCGACACGGAUGGCUACGUCAAGAUUGCAGACUUCGGCCUCUGCAAAGAGGGGAUGGGCUUCGGAGACCGCACCAGCACGUUCUGUGGGACUCCUGAGUUCCUGGCCCCUGAGGUGCUGACGGACACGUCCUACACGCGUGCAGUGGACUGGUGGGGCCUAGGCGUCCUCAUCUACGAGAUGCUCGUGGGAGAGUCCCCGUUCCCUGGUGAUGAUGAGGAGGAGGUGUUUGACAGCAUAGUGAACGAUGAAGUCCGUUACCCACGAUUCCUCUCCAGCGAAGCCAUCGGCAUCAUGAGACGGUUGCUGCGUAGAAACCCAGACCGUCGCCUGGGCUCCAGUGAGAAAGACGCAGAGGACGUGAAGAAGCAGCCUUUCUUCAGGAACAUCGACUGGGAGGCGCUGCUGCUGCGGAAGGUCCCUCCUCCGUUCCUGCCGUGCAUCGUGGGUAAGGAGGACGUCAGUAACUUUGACGAGGAGUUCACCUCCGAGGCCCCCGCCCUCACCCCGCCCAGAGAGCCGCGCUCCCUCUCCCGCAAGGACCAGGACUGCUUCAAGGACUUCGACUACGUCUCCGACCUCUGCUAGGACGCCUAGCAACAGACUCCAGGACAGCUUCAAGGACUUCGACUACGUCUCCGACCUCUGCUAGGACGCCUAGCAACAGACUCCAGGACAGCUUCAAGGACUUCGACUACGUCUCCGACCUCUGCUAGGACGCCUAGCAACAGACUCCAGGACA